AUGUCACUCUUGCUGAUGAAGAAACGUCAAUAUCUAUUUGUCAGCGUAGGGCAUUAUGUAUAUGAGCUGCUGGUUUCAGUCCGACCCUCCCCACAGGCAGCGACCCUCCCCACAGGCAGCGACCCUCCCCACAGGCAGCGACCCUCCCCACAGGCAGCGACCCUCCCCACAGGCAGCGACCCUCCCCACAGGCAGCGACCCUCCCCACAGGCAGCGACCCUCCCCACAGGCAGCGACCCUCCCCACAGGCAGCGACCCUCCCCACAGGCAGCGACCCUCCCCACAGGCAGCGACCCUCCCCACAGGCAGCGACCCUCCCCACAGGCAGCGACCCUCCCCACAGGCAGCGACCCUCCCCACAGGCAGCGACCCUCCCCACAGGCAGCGACCCUCCCCACAGGCAGCGACCCUCCCCACAGGCAGCGACCCUCCCCACAGGCAGCGACCCUCCCCACAGGCAGCGACCCUCCCCACAGGCAGCGACCCUCCCCACAGGCAGCGACCCUCCCCACAGGCAGCGACCCUCCCCACAGGCAGCGACCCUCCCCACAGGCAGCGACCCUCCCCACAGGCAGCGACCAUGUGUCUUACCUUCGACAUUGA